UUUUUUAUGUAAGGGGAUUUUUCUUAUUGGGGGGGUUGUUAAAAAAUAAAUAUAAGGGCGGCCAUCUUUGUUUCUCUGCCUUGUAGUGUAAAAUAUUCCAAAGCGCCCCCCCACUUUUUCCCCGUGUGUCGAUUUGAAUAUUCAAUAAAUAUCAUAAUUCGGAAGGAAUAGACUUUUUGAUCUCGAGGACGGGGUCGCUGACAGGAAUAUAAUGUCCUCUCCUCUCCGUUCUUGUGAGGAAGAUGAGGGCAUGGCGGUUAAUUCCGAGGGAGGAGAUUUUGAUGAAGAAGAAGAAGACGACGGGGACCUGGACGAGAACGCAAGCGACAUAAACUCGCCGGCGGCGCCUAGAGAAACUGCAGCAGCCCUCGCCGCGCCAGAUGAUGGUGAGGGUGGGGGUGAGGCCUCGGAUAGGGACACUCUGGGAAAGAAGAAGAGGGGUCCCAAGAAAAAGAAGGAGACUAAGAAGAAAGAAAAAGAUGGCAAGACCCCCAAAGCACGCAAGCGCAAAAAAAUAGAAAGUGAUAUAGAGCGGGACUCAGAACCAGACUACGGAGUGAACUCUGACAGUGCUGCCAGCGAUUAUGGAGGAGAGAAGAAAAAGAAAAAGAAACACAAAGACAAGAAAGAAAAGAAGACAAAGAAAAAGAAGAAAGAUGAUGAUGAUAGUACACAUGAGGAGACCACUAAACCUGUAGAACAGAAGACAUCUGCUCAGCUAGCAAAAGACUGGGGACUAGAGGAUGUGGAUCACACCUUCACUGAGGAGGAUUACCGUACGCUAACCAACUAUAAGGCCUUCAGCCAAUUUAUGAGGCCAAUGAUAGCUAAGAAGAACCCUAAGAUCCCUAUGUCUAAGAUGAUGACCAUCUUGGGGGCGAAGUGGAGAGAAUUUAGCUCCAAUAACCCCUUCAAAGGUUCAGCUGCCGCCGUUGCCGCUGCUGCUGCCGCUGCUGCAGCAGCCGUUGCCGAGCAGGUCUCUGCAGCAACUGCCUCUCCUGAACCUCCACCUCAGCCACCCCCGCUUCGCAAGGCAAAGACCAAAGAAGGGAAAGGCCCUGGCUAUAAGAAGCGGAGUAAAAGUCCUCGCGUAUCUGACAAGAAGAAGCUCAAGCUUAAAAAGAUGGCUCCCCUCCGAAUCAAACUGGGAGCUCUUGGAAACAAGCGUAAGAAGAGCAGCUCGAGUGAAGAUGUGGAUGAUGAUGAUUCUGAGCAGGAGAACUCGAGUGUUCACAGCUCGUCUGUGCGCUCAGACAGCUCGGGCCGGGUCAAGAAGAACAAAAGAGGUCGCCCAGCCAAGAAGAAGAAAAAAAGCAUCCUUGGAAGACUUGAGGAAAGCAAAGUUUUCACCCAUAUUAAGAUGGUGGGAGAUGAGGAUGGGGAUGGCUAUGAAACGGAUCAUCAGGACUACUGUGAGGUCUGUCAACAGGGAGGGGAGAUCAUCCUGUGUGACACAUGUCCCCGCGCGUACCACCUAGUGUGCCUGGAGCCGGAGCUGGAAAAGGCUCCUGAGGGCAAGUGGAGUUGUCCGCACUGUGAGAAAGAAGGGAUUCAGUGGGAAGCGAAGGAGGAGGACUUUGAAGAGUUUGAGGAAGAAUGUGAUGAUGGAGGGGUGGCGGAUACAGGACCAGGAGGUGGCGGAGAAGAAGAGGAGGACGAUCACAUGGAGUUCUGUCGAGUGUGUAAAGACGGAGGAGAGCUGUUAUGCUGUGACUCCUGCCCCUCCUCUUAUCACAUACACUGCCUCAACCCCCCUCUGCCUGAAAUCCCCAAUGGAGAAUGGCUCUGUCCCAGAUGCACAUGCCCACCAAUCAAAGGGCGAGUUCAGAAGAUCUUACACUGGCGAUGGGGUGAGCCCCCGCCCCCAGUACCUGUUCCACCGCCCCCAGAUGCACCUCCUGAUGCUCCGCCCCCACCCCCAAUGAAAGGCCGUCCAGAGAGAGAGUUCUUUGUGAAGCUGACAGGACAGUCCUACUGGCACUGUACAUGGAUCACUGAACUUCAGCUGGAGAUCUUCCACUCUGUAAUGUUCCGCAACUACCAGCGGAAGACUGAUAUGGACGAGCCGCCCAGUCUGGACUAUGGUUCUGGAGGAGAAGAGGAUUCUGGAAAGAGUGAGAAACGACGAGCCAAAGAUCCUCAGUAUGCCAUCUUAGAGGAGAAAUAUUACCGCUAUGGCAUCAAGCCGGAAUGGAUGAUGGUACACAGGAUAAUUAACCACAGUGUGGAUAAGAAGGGGAAUUACCACUAUCUGGUGAAGUGGCGAGACUUAACUUAUGACCAGUGCACAUGGGAGAGAGAUGACUUGGACAUCCCAGAGUUUGGUAUCUAUAAGGCAGCUUACUGGAGACAUAGGGAGGAGGUAAUGAAGGAGGACCCAGACAAGCCAAGAAGCAUGAGAAGGAGAGAGGAGAAUGAUGAAGCUCCUGGAACCCCUGUUACUGAUCCCACAAUAAAGUAUGAAGAGCAGCCGGACUUUGUGACGGUGACAGGAGGCACUCUGCACCUUUACCAGCUGGAGGGCCUCAACUGGCUGCGCUUCUCCUGGGCUCAGGGCACCGACACCAUCCUGGCUGAUGAGAUGGGCCUGGGCAAGACUAUUCAGACCAUCGUAUUCCUCUACUCACUUUUUAAAGAGGGCCACACAAAGGGGCCGUUUCUAGUGAGUGCCCCACUCUCUACCAUCAUUAAUUGGGAGAGGGAGUUUGAAAUGUGGGCUCCAGACUUCUACGUUGUCACCUACACAGGAGACAAAGACAGUAGAGCCAUCAUCCGUGAGAACGAGUUCUCCUUUGAUGAUACAGCUGUGAAAGGAGGAAAGAAGGCCUUCAAAUUACGGAAAGAAGCUCCCAUUAAGUUUCAUGUAUUGCUGACCUCUUAUGAGCUGGUGACCAUAGACCAGACAGCUCUGAAGUCCAUCGACUGGGCCUGUCUUGUGGUGGAUGAAGCUCAUCGCCUCAAAAAUAAUCAGUCGAAGUUUUUCAGGCGACUGAAUGACUAUAAGAUUGACCAUAAGCUGCUGCUAACAGGCACUCCCCUUCAAAACAACCUUGAGGAGCUCUUCCACCUGCUUAACUUCCUUACACCUAACCGCUUCAAUAAUCUGGAGGGAUUUCUGGAGGAGUUUGCAGACAUCUCUAAAGAGGACCAGAUCAAGAAGCUGCACGACCUGCUGGGGCCACACAUGCUCAGACGGCUGAAGGCCGACGUGUUUAAGAACAUGCCAGCUAAAACUGAGCUGAUCGUCCGCGUAGAGCUCAGCCCCAUGCAAAAGAAAUACUACAAGUUCAUCCUGACACGGAACUUUGAGGCGCUGAACUCUAAAGGUGGAGGGAACCAGGUUUCUUUGCUCAACAUCAUGAUGGACCUGAAAAAGUGCUGCAAUCACCCCUACCUCUUUCCUGUUGCCUCAAUGGAAGCCCCUAAGACACCAAGUGGGGCAUAUGAGGGAACCAGCCUCACAAAGGCUUCUGGGAAACUGAUGCUGCUGCAGAAAAUGCUGAGAAAGCUGAAAGAGCAGGGCCACCGCGUGCUUGUGUUCUCUCAGAUGACUAAGAUGCUGGAUUUGCUGGAGGACUUCCUGGACUAUGAGGGUUAUAAGUAUGAGCGCAUUGAUGGAGCCAUCACUGGAGCCCUGAGGCAGGAGGCUAUUGACAGAUUUAAUGCUCCGGGAGCUGUUCAGUUCUGUUUUCUUCUCUCUACAAGAGCGGGUGGUUUGGGCAUCAAUCUGGCAACCGCUGACACCGUCAUUAUCUUUGACUCUGACUGGAACCCUCACAAUGACAUUCAGGCCUUUAGUCGAGCCCACAGGAUUGGCCAGGCCAAUAAGGUUAUGAUCUAUCGCUUUGUUACCCGUGCCUCUGUAGAGGAGCGCAUCACCCAAGUGGCCAAGCGCAAGAUGAUGCUGACCCACCUGGUGGUACGGCCAGGGCUGGGCUCCAAAGCUGGCUCCAUGUCCAAACAGGAGCUGGAUGACAUCCUGAAGUUUGGCACAGAGGAACUGUUCAAGGACGAGAUUGAGGCUGGGGACAAUAAGGAUGAAGACAGCAGCGUGAUUCACUAUGACAACGCUGCUAUUGAGCGUCUGCUGGACCGUAGCCAGGAUGCCACGGAUGAUACAGAUAUGCAGAACAUGAACGAGUACCUCAGUUCCUUCAAAGUAGCUCAAUACACUGUCCGAGAGGAUGACAAGAUUGAGGAGAUUGAGAGAGAGAUCAUUAAGCAGGAGGAGAAUGUGGACCCAGAUUACUGGGAGAAGCUGUUGAGGCAUCAUUAUGAACAGCAGCAGGAGGACCUGGCCCGCAACCUGGGCAAGGGCAAAAGAGUCCGCAAACAGGUCAACUAUAAUGAUGCGGCCCAGGAGGACCAAGAGUGGCAUGCUGAUAUCUCAGACAACCAGUCUGAAUACUCUGUGGGCUCUGAGGAGGAGGACGAGGACUUCGAUGAGAGGCCUGAAGGUCGAAGGCAGUCUCGCAGACAGAUCAGAAAUGAAAAGGAUAAGCCACUGCCCCCUCUGUUGGCCAGAGUUGGGGGCAACCUUGAGGUGCUGGGCUUUAACACUCGUCAGAGGAAGGCCUUCCUGAAUGCAGUGAUGAGAUGGGGUAUGCCUGCACAGGACGCUUUCUCCUGUCAGUGGCUGGUACGAGACCUUCGGGGCAAAACCGAAAAAGAGUUCAAAGCAUAUGUGUCUCUGUUUAUGAGGCACUUGUGUGAGCCGGUAGCUGAUGGUUCAGAGACGUUUGCGGAUGGUGUGCCGAGGGAAGGGCUGUGCAGGCAGCCUGUAUUGACCCGCAUUGGAGUCAUGAGCCUGGUGAAGAAAAAGGUUCAGGAGUUUGAGCACAUAAACGGGAAGUGGAGUAUUCCUGAGCUGAAGCCUGAAGUCACUAUGGACUCCAAGAAAUCCUCACGAGCUUCUUCACCUGCUAUGAAAACAGCUACACCAACACCUGAGCAAAGCUGCAACAAUACGCCCUGCACCUCCAAGCCAGCCACGCCCUCUCCACCUGACAAACCAGAAAAGAGUGCAAAGGAGGGGGAGAAAGAGGAGGGAGACAGCCAAACUGAGGCAGAGAAAGAGAAGGGGAAAGAAGGAAAAGAAGGAGAGAGCACAGAGAGUGCAGAAUCUAAAGAGACUGUAACAGCUGUAAAGGAGGGGGAUAAAGACGCUCUAGCAGGUGAAAAGUCUGAGCCAUCUGAAACGUCCACAGCAGCAGCUGCAGGCGACUCCAAAUCAAAAGAAGCUCCUGACACCAUUCCACCCUCCCCAAAAGAAAGGUGCGAGAAAGAAAAGGGUGGAGAGGAGGAGAGCUCUAAGAAAGAGGCUGUUACUGAAAAAGUGAAAGAAGAAAUCGCUUCAGACCUCCUAACAGUUAAAGACGAGAAUCAAGAGAAAGCAGAGAAGAGUGAGAAAGGAGGAACAGGUGAGAAAGCUGCAGAAGAGAAAGAAAAGUGUGAGGAGACGCCUGUUCCCACGGAAACAACAGAAAAGAAAGAGAAGGCCGAAGGCCAAGUGUCAGAUGUUAAGAAAGAGGAGGUGAAAGGAGAAAAAGAUACAGGAAAAGAGGUCAAGGGGCAGAAAGAGGACACAGCCAAGGGCAAUGGCAAACCAACUGAGCGUCCACGGUUUAUGUUCAACAUUGCAGAUGGUGGAUUCACAGAGUUACAUACCCUGUGGCAGAAUGAAGAGCGUGCUGCAAUCUCCUCUGGCAAGAUGAAUGAGAUCUGGCACAGACGGCAUGACUUCUGGCUUCUUGCAGGCAUUGUACAUCAUGGUUAUGCCCGAUGGCAGGACAUUCAGAAUGACCCCCAGUUUGCCAUUGUCAACGAGCCGUUUAAGUCACAAGCAAACAAGGGCAACUUCUUGGAGAUGAAGAACAAGUUCCUGGCCAGGAGGUUUAAGCUGUUAGAACAGGCAUUGGUGAUUGAGGAGCAGUUGCGCAGGGCGGCAUACCUCAAUAUGACGCAGGACCCCACUCACCCUGCCAUGGCCCUGAAUGCUCGCUUCGCUGAGGUGGAGUGUCUGGCAGAGUCACACCAGCACCUCAGCAAAGAGUCACUUGCAGGCAACAAACCUGCUAAUGCUGUCCUGCACAAGGUUCUUAACCAACUAGAGGAGCUACUUAGCGAUAUGAAGGCGGAUGUGAUGCGGCUUCCGGCCACCCUCUCCAGAGUCCCACCCAUCGCAGCACGUCUGCAGAUGUCUGAGAGGAGCAUCCUCAGCAGAUUGGCCAACAAGGGCAAUGAGACUCACACACCACCGCCUAUCCCUCCAGGACCUUAUGCCACCCCUCAGAACUAUGGCCCCCCAUUCACACCAGCACCCCCGGGGGGCAUGACUCUGGCUGGGGCGAACUAUAGCCAGAUGCCUCCGGGGUCAUUCAUAUCAGAAGCCCUGCCCUGCCUGAAGACCAAGGAACACGACGUCCUGCAGCGCCAGCGUGUGGUGGACCUGUGGAAGGACGGCAAAUCGGAAGGGUCAAUCGGGCAAGAGCUGCGCAUGCCAAAAUCCACCGUGCACAGCAUCAUCGUCAAAUACCGCCUCAGCAACACAGUGGAGAACUUGCCGCGCAACGGCCGGCCCAAAAAGCCAUGACUGACCAUGAGCCAUGGAGAAAAGCAUAGAGAGAGGGCGGGUGAGGGAAACUGGACGGGAGAAAAUAAAUAGAGGGGAUCAAGAGAGAAAGAGAAAAUAUGAGGAAGGGAAGCAGUAAUAGAAGGUCAGCUCUAUGUUUGGUGGGGGGCUAUAUAACUGAUAAAUGGAGAGGGAGAAGUGGAAAGAGGGGCGCAGAAGAGGGGCUGUCAAAAAGCAUUUCACUAGAUUGAAAAAGGCAGAAAGAAAAAGGGGUUGGAGCAGAGAGCCACUUAAAAUACACACGACCUCCCUCACUGCCAAAGCAAGGAUGAUGAAGACAUCAGGAAUAAUAUGAACAGGCAUUGAGGUGGACAGACAGACAGAAAGAGCAAAUGAGAUGAGCGAGUGAAUAAAGGGAGGUGAGCAAGAGUGACAUAAGAGGAAAUCGCCCGACCACUCCAGUGAAAAACGAGAGCUGUGUGGACUGUGCCAGAGAGACAGCCUGCAAAAAGCACCCCUCUCUCUCACUCCCUCUGCCCCCCUCUUUCUUUCAUCUCUCGCUCCGAGAGAAGCCCCAGUGGAUUCAUCUUUCACUUGGCAAGAGAAAUGAGUGCACAUGUCUAAGUACCCAGGACCUUUACUCCCUAAUUCCUGUGGAAAUGUCUCUCCCCCUUUCUCUCUCUUUCUCUCUUUCUGUUUCUCUCUCUCUCUCUCUCUCUCUCUCUCUCUCUCUCUCUCUCUCUCUCUCUCUCUGAACCCUUUGCCCCCCCCUCUUCGCUCACACACAGAGGGAGUACUGCAACCUUUCACAGUGUCAAAACGAAGGAAUUCCAAGGACAGAUUGCGAGUUUGUUUUGUUUCCUCAACAUUUCCCAUCCCAAUCAGAGGCUUUGGGAAUCACUAUUUGAUUCACUACGCUCGAGAUGGACAGUCAUGGAUUUUUUUGCACUUAAACAUUACGUAGUGUAAUUGCAAUGUUUUAUCACUCCAUAUCAUUAUGGCUUCUUUACCUGAAAAAAAAAGAACUCUGCUGAAACCUGGACAGCAGCAAGAGGCAACAUUUUGGACUUUUUUUUCUGCGUCUUGUGGAUGCAAAAACGAAUCUGUAUGUUUAAUACUGUAUGGCACAAUAUCUAAUUUGAGCUGACUGAGAUAUUAAAAGGUGUGUUGGUUGAACAUAGUUAGCCUCAGGAUAAGGCAGGAAAUCUAACACUGGGAAAGCAAGUGUAAAUUGCUCUAGAAUAUACCCAGCUGUGAGUGCUCACCUUAAACUGGCUUGCUUCGAUUUCAUCGUUGCCCAGGAUCUUAAUCAUGAGGUUGAUUUUGUGCUGCAGAACCUGAUACUGGCGCUGUUUUGUUCAGCUAUAUUUGGAGUAGGUGUAUCGGCGGGUGUCAUUUGCCCUUAAAUGUAAUUAGAAUUAUUAGUCCGAUAUUGGAAUUGCAGUUUAAACCAAUAAUUUUAACCGAUAAUUUAGUGCACCAUUUUUACUUGUGCGUGUACUGAUUAAUGUGUAGAUACAGUAGGCAAUUCCACUCUUUACAAAUGAAAUGAUGAGUACAAUUCCAUGAAAUAGCAUAAUGGAGGAGACCAUCGCCCCACACAUAGAAGAAUGGUGGUUUGAUUCCUAGCAGGAAUGCCAUUGCUUAUUAUGGUGUUCUUGGGCAAGAUUCCUAAUUUACAGUCACCGGCCAUUGGGAAUAGUUCUGGACAAGAACAUCUGCUAAGUAAUGUAAAAGGCUUACAUAAAAUAAUGUCAGAGUUUGUAGUUGCAGAUGCAUGUCUGAUUUAGCUGUCAUGUAAGCUAUGCAGCUAUGAUUAUGUAAGAUUUGUUAAAAAGAAACUGUAGAGUUGUAACCUGUGUUAUGCUCACUUUAUAUAUUGGUGGUAUUGUGAAUAUGACUUAUGCUGUUGCUUGAUAUAUGCUUGAUUAUUGAUAUCGGUAUCAGAUUCAGCAAAGUGUGAAUUAUCGGUUGACAUUAUUGGCCCAGAAAUUCCAUAUUGCUGCGUCCCUAAUUUGGAGUUACAACAAGCUAAUGCCAGGUCAGUCCAAAUGGGCAAUGCUAAAUUCCUUUGCAGAGCUGGAGCCAGAUCAGCUCCCCAGUGAGACCCUUAUACAGUGCAGAACUGUAAUGGGAGUGUUCUCAGUGCUCCCAAAGGCACAGAUAUGCUUUAUUUUUGAGUAUUUGUGUGUGUACACUGUCACAAGUUCUUGCCUACAUUCUUUAGUACAUGCUGUACAAUUGUGGCUCUGAGUUAUGCAUAAAUGGAGAUUGGAGGCUAUUUUUGUGUGUGUAGGUGUGUGUUUGUGUGUGCACUCAAGCACAUCAUGAACUAAAGACUUGACACUGAUGCUCUAUGUGUGGGUUGGUUCUCAUUGCCUCUAGGUGAGUGAUUAAUUGUACAAGCGAAGUGGUUGUUUAGACAGGCUGGGGUCAGGGAGGCCUUCUGCCAACUGAAUGUUUUUCUAGGUUACUGAGCGAGUGAGAGUUAGAGAGAGUGAGUGAAGGCAGUUAUGCAGGAGCAAACCUGUGCAGUGAGGCAGUGAAUUAAAGUAUUUGAUUCCUCUGGAUCAAGUUUGCUGAGAAAGUGAGUGAGAGAGAGAGAGAGAGAAAGAGAGAGAGAGAGCAGAUGGCUGCUUCAGAUCUGACUAUGUGAUAUGAGUUAUUUUCUUUGGCUUGUGUGUAGAACAUCACUUUCAAGGAUCCAAGAAGUCACAAGAUGGGGUUUUUAGUUGUCGUCUUCCUUGUUAUUAUAGGGAACUUGUCUGAUCCAGUCCUCUCCUUGCCUCUUUGCCCAUUAAAGAAGAGUAAGCAGGGGGGGGUUUCUGUCAUUUCAUUGUAUGUGUUUAUGAAAUGGUCUGAAUCAGAUAUGAAGUUUUCCCUUUCUUUUCUCUUUUUAGUUUUUACUUUGUGGAUAAGGAUGUUAAUUUUAAAGCACUUUGCACAAGUUACAACAUUUAAAUACUUUAAACAUAGUCACACUUCAAAUUAUCAAGGCAAUACUUUAUUUGAACUUCUUUGUUUAAUUGAAUAUGUUUUUCUUAUGGUGCUCUCUAGUUAGUCUAAUUUUGUAAUGCACAGUGUAAGAAAUAUGCAGUAUGAUACCAGAGCUAAUCAAAGGUCAGCAGAUACUGCUGUCACUCAAAGCCAAGCUCCCUAGCCCUUAUGUUGAUAGGAACGUUAAACUCAUAAAGUAUGUUUAGUAUGUGUUGAAAUUGUGCGUUGCAGCAUAUAUAGACAGCGUGAAUGAAAAAGAGAAAUAAGAAAAAAGUGUUUGCACCUUUUGGGUCUGAUUUGCUAAAGCGAUUAACAUACGCAGGACAAAGUAAGGUAGUCUGCAGUUUUUAGGUUUUGUUUGUAAUCCAGUCAUUGAUCGUGUCUCUGGAACUGCUUAAUGAAAAGAUUUUCUGCAUGAAAUCUUUUGAUAAAUAAGGUCUUUCCUAUAUUAGAACAGCAACAAUAAGGAUCCAUUCAUUAUUGUCCUAUUUUACCAUGACUAGUUUGAAUGUAGAUUGAUUUGAACUGUUAAGGGACUUUUUGUGAGUCAUUUUUACAAACCAAAGGUAUUGAAUGUUAUGAUCUCAUUAGAGAAUAGAAUAGAAUAGAAUAGAAUAGAAUAGAAUAGAAUAGAAUAGAAUAGAAUAGACGCCCACCAGUAACCAACCACCAGAGUAAUAGUCACUUAAUGUUCACUGUUGGUCCUUGUUCAAAUAUGAAACUUUCUAGAUUUUUUUCUGUCUUCUAAGAUGUAACUGUAAGAACAGUGGGCAUGUGCUGACAGGUUGCAGUAUGACAUGAUUCAGGAGUCUCAAGGACGAUAGACACACUUUGUGUAGUAGUUUAUUGUGUAAUGGGGGCAUGAUCUGUAUAAGCAAUCCACUGACCCUCUACUACCCCUAGACAGUAUAUGAUUUUUAUAUUAUUUUCAUGAAAUGUCAUAUCCUGAAUGUACAGAAGACUUCACAUUAAAAUAUGACCACCA